GCCCCGAGCGAGUAGGCUACCAGUGGCCGCUCCGCAUGCCAGUGUCGGCAGGCGAAUUCGCCCGGGCCAUCGGCGCCGUCGGCUCAGCCAUCGUGAUAAUAGUCCUUGUCCUCCGCGCAACAGCAGAUCGGCCAGCGCCGCAAGGUGGGCAGCUGCGGGAACCCCAGCCUCGGGGAACAGAGGACACGGAACCGCAAUCCCCUUCGCCAGGCCCGUCGCGGCGACGGGAGCCAUCGCGAUCAGGAUCGCAGCCUCAGCCCUCCCAGCCACCGCAAGCCCAGCCACAGUCGAGCCUACAGCUUGAGCUGGAUCCGUGCUAAGGCGAACAUUGCGGAGGUCUCAUCGCAGGAAGUGGUGCCCGAGAGGCAGGCAAGUUUGACUGGGGAAAGCUUCCCAUGGACCGGUGUAGCCAACUACAUACGACACACUACUACGCUCACAUCCACACGCGCCCCUCAACACACAUACUAUGGACGAUCUGACUCUGAUAGACACUUUCAAGUAUGAGGACUAGUAUUGUGGAGGUUCCGAUUUUGCAUCGAAGUCAUGUAAUAAGAACAUUGCUAGGAUAUUAAGACGAUUG